CGCGUUUGCGUUUACGUCAAUUAUAAUAUUGUUUUCAAUUUCGUAAACAAAUUUCUUUGAAAUUAGAUAAUUUUAUAAUUUUAUUGAUUUACCCACGAAAAUCGCGUUGUUUGCUAGAAAUUCUAAAGAUAAUAAUUUAGAUUUAUCGUCCAAACUUAUAGGCGCCGUUUCAAUCAAUGUUAAAUAACUUUCGUGCCGCUUGCCGCUUUACGCUGCCCCACUACAAACAAUUCGGUGUUAGUACCGCUUAGCUCUGUUGUGUAGGGUGACGCGCUUCGGUUACUUCGUGAUAUUGUAUUACAACUUUAUAUAAAAAGUUUUAAUCGAUUUAACUUGUUGCUCAAAAGGCGGUCAAAAUGGGAGACUGUUGUAGUUCACCAGAAAGGGUUGAACCCUCUCCUGAUGCGAAGGCUAAUUUUAAAGGACCUGUAAAAGGAAGAUCAUGUACCGAUUGUGCAUUUUUGGUGCUGUUCUUAGCUGUCCUUCUGACUUUGUUUGGGUUAGUGAUAUAUUGUUCAGUUAAUGGUGAUGUCAGGCGUCUAUUUAAUGGCUUUGAUGAGUGUGGAUAUAUUUGUGGAGUAAAUAAUGAAAAAUUAGAUUCUUCAAAAAUAAAUAUAGAAAAAAUUAAGGAUCAAAGUUCUUGUUCAAGAAAUGACUUAUCUGACAAAAAAUUCCUAAAAAUUGAUGCUCCAAUUUUCAAAAUAGCGGAUUUGAAACAUAUAAAGCGGGAAUGUGUGUCUAAUUGUUCUGAUUAUCCUGAGUACCAAACAUUUUUACAGAGAUGUAUACCUAAAGGAAAUGAAACAGCAAUUAACAAUAUUUUGAAAAAUUCAGCUGUUGGUAGUUUGUUUACUGAAAUAACUCAAGAUUUACAACAUACAAAAUGGGAUAUUAUCUAUCUUUGCAUUUUUGCAUUUGUAUUCACAAUUUUAAUUGUCUUUUUAAUAAGAUUUGUUGCUGGAAUAGUUGUUUGGUUUGUUCUUAUCAGUGUCAUUGUCGUAAGUUUUGCUGGGUCAAUUUUCUUAUGGUAUGUGUGGAAGCAAAAGUCUAACAUGGAAAUACAGGAUCAAGUCACAGAGAAUGAUACUAAAACAUAUUUUUAUUUUGCACUGAUAGCGACUAUUUCUUCUGUUAUUAUUUUGUUGAUAAUUGUUGUUAUGAGAGAUCGUAUAGCACUUGUAGUACAACUGUUCAAAGAAGCGGGUAAAGCUAUUCAAAGCAUGCCACUUUUGCUUGUUCAACCUUUAGUAACAUUUAUUUUUCUUUGCAUUGCUAUAAUUGUUUGGAGUUACUUUGCUGUACUUAUUCAAGGAUCAGGAUUCCAUGCUAUCUUUGAGGAUGCCCAUAAUGUUUAUUUUAAAAAAGAUAUGCUCAUGAAAUUUGCAAGAGUUUAUAAUGUUCUUGUCUUACUAUGGGUUAUUGAAUUUAUUAUUGGAUGUCAACAUAUGAUAAUUGCUGGAGCUGUUGCUACUUGGUUUUUCACAAGAAAUAAAAAUAACAUGUCUUCUCCAAUUAUAACAUCUGUCAGUAAUUUGUUUAACUAUCAUUUGGGUUCUGUUGCUUUGGGAUCAUUCAUUAUUACUAUUAUGCAAAUUAUCAGAGCAAUUAUUAAUGCUGUUGAUGAACACUUGAAAGAAUCAGACAAUGAAGUAUUAAAAAUGUUCUAUAAAGCUUUUAAAUGUUGUUGCCAUUAUAUUCAGGACUUAAUUCAAUAUUUAACAAGAAAUGCUUAUAUAGAAAUCGCUAUUUAUGGUGAUAAUUUCUGCAGAGCUGGAUCACAAGCAUUUAAAAUUAUUACAUCUAAUGUACUGCGUGUUUCUGCCAUUAAUUCUGUUGGUGAUUUUGUUUUGUUUUUGGGAAAAGUAUUAGUUGUCACAUCUACUGUUCUUGUUGGUUUUUGGACUCUCGAGACAAAGCCUGGAAUUCUUCAUUUGUGGGCACCUUUGAGUGUUGCUGGUAUUUUUGCUUAUUUUGUUGCCCACUGUUUCAUAUCUGUGUACGAAAUGGUCAUUGACACUGUAUUCAUCUGUUUCUGUGAAGACUGUAACCUUAAUGAUGGUGUGAACCAAGAGUAUUUUAUGAGCAAAGAAUUGAUGGACUUUGUUGAAAACAGCCAAAAAGUUUUAAGAGUCGGUGAUGCUGUGUCUUCUAAUUAAAAAACUCAAGUAAAUGUAAAACAUAAGGUUGAUGUUUGAUACUCAUUUAAUUUUUGCCAUAACUUGUUUUUUUUAAUAUACAUAUAUUUUAUAUUUGUGUUUAGUAUAAUAUUUUUUACUACAAUGUUUUCCUAUUCCCUUUGAACAUAUAUUUAUAUUAUAUGAAUAUUUAGUGGAUUCAUUCCUAUAAAUUGUUUUACUAAAAUCUUCCAUAAUAUUUGAGUAGCAUAAGUAAAAUUUAGUACUAAAAAAGUUUCUGUUUUUAUAAUCCACUUUACAAAUAAUGAUACAAAAAUUGUUUUGAUUAAUUUUAUUAUAAAAAAAGAAUAUAUAUUCAAUAGUUAAUUUGACAACUUAUUUUAAAGUUAUGAAAAUAUUAUUACUAAAUACUUUCAAGUGCUUUUUAAUAUUUACUUUCCUUUUCAUUGAAUUUAAAAUAUUCCAUUUGUUACAAUAAACCUUAUUUUUAAAUUGUAUUUGUUUUAUUGCAUAUACAUUUUUUUUAAGGUAUUAAGGAUUGUUAUUUAAAAUAAGCGUACAUUUUAUACUAUUUUAGUUGAUAAUUAUAUUAAUAUUAUAUUUAAUAUAUUACUAAUGUAUUUUUUUAUUCACAAAAAUUAAAAUAUGUUAUUUGAGGCUAUAAUGUAAUUUAUUUUUUAAGUUAUUUUUGUACUUUAUUUUUAUUUAUUUAUAUUCUAAAUCUUUUGCAUCUAAAUUACUAUGUAAAUUGACAUAAAAUACAGUGGUCAUUAUAUGGUUGUGCAUAA